AUGGGGAAGAUGUUCCUGCCAUCAAGUUUGGUGGGAAAAAGAAGGCUAAGGGGAAGAAGGGCAGCGUGUUUAGUGCUUCGGCAUUUGGAUUGUUGGGAGAUGAUGAAGAUGGGGAGUGAUGAUGAGGCGAAGGAUAAUGGUGACGAGGAUGAAGAAGCAGAUGAGCCGGUGAUUGAAUUUUCUGGAAAGAAGAAGCCUUCAAAGAGUAAGAAGGGCAGUGGCGGUGGAUCUUCUGCAUUCGAGUUGCUCGACAAUGAUGAGGAUGAAGAGGGUAGGGACAAAGAGGAGAGUUCUAAGGAGGAAGAAGAGGAUGCUGGCAUUACAUUUACGUGUAAGAAGAAGAAGAAGUCAUCAAAGGGUUCGAAGAAGGUUUCUGGCAACUCUUUUGCGGAUGAAGAAAAUGAUGAGGAUGCUUCCGUUUCAAAAAUUAGGGAUGAUACGGCAGAAGGUGAUGAUGAUGACCAGGAGCAAGAUGUCUUGGUAGUUAAAUUUUUGGGUAAGAAGUCGUGUAAAAAGAAGAACAUGCCUUCUGAAAUUGGGAGUGGUGAUGCAACCUCUGAUUCCCUUGAACCGAGUCAACACACUGAUGAACCUAAAACUCAGAAGCAGACGAAUGAAGCUGUUGCGGAUACUAGGAAGAAGAAAAAGAAGGGUGGGAAAACUGGUCAAGAAGAAGAUGACUGGGAUAAAAUCCUCACUGAAUUUGGUGCGGGACCUACCGAGUCUAAACAUGUUUCAGCUUCUGUGGAUGCUCCAACUGCACCUGAGGUCGAAGAUGAUGGGCCAGCGGAAUCUGCAGCUGCAAAGAAGAAAAAAAAGAAGAAGGAAAAAGAAUAA